AUGAGUAGUGUUGAGAGUAGACCUGUAAAGCGCAGGACCACUCUAGACAAAGAGGUUAGAGUAGAAAGUUAUAAAGUUAUGGUAGUGUUCCCAGAACCAGCAAGUAAGUACUUCCACCCCUUGCAUUUGAAAAAAGCAGUUAGGGAAGAGAUUGGGGUGAUUUAAGGUUGCCAAACCGCUGGGUUGCAAAUCCUGAUCAUUGCAAAUAGUCAAAUUCAGCAGGAGAAAGUUUUGAAAUUGAACUCACUAAAUGGGGGUCUGGUAAAAUGUCACAUUCCCGGUGCUAUCUCUAAAAUGAGAGGAGUAAUUGCUGGGAUUCCAUUGGAAGGAAGUUAAGGCUUCCCUGACAGGAGGAAAAGUUAUUGAAGCAAAAAGGAUGAAAAGCAAAAAGAGUGGCAGUGGAGUGGACACUACAACUCUUACACUAUUAUUCUGUACUGUUCCACUACAACUGUUACACUAUUAUUCUGUAUUGUUACAAUUUGAGGGGAACCUGCCGAAUAGGGUGCAUCUACGAUCACUCAGUUAUCUGGUUAGAGAGUAUGUGCCGCCUCCACUUCGGUGCUUUAAGUGCCAACGGAUGGGGCAUGUUGCUAAUGUGUUAAAAGGUCAAAUGAGAUGUGGAUAGUGUGGUGGGGAUCACGGGUAUGGGAAAUGUGGUCCUGAAGCUAAAGUUAAAUGUUGUAACUGUGACGGAGAACAUAGUGCAGCAUAUGGAGGAUGUUAAGUACAACAUAAAGCCAUGGAAGCGCAGAGGUACAAAAUUACAAACAAUGUAUCCUAUGCUGAGGCUGUUCGGAAAGUGAAUAACAAACCUAGUGUUCAAAAUACUCCAGAUAAAACAUAUCGGCAGAUAGUGGCCGCUCUGAGAACGCCAGUGGAACCUCAGCCAAUUGUUAAUGUGAUAUGCGAGCAUAAAUGCUUGAUUACAGUGAAAACCAUGGUAGUAAAUCAUGUAGACUUCUUGGCCUUCAUGUGUAGGGCAAUCAAUAUGACUGCUCCACAUUUCUGAAGUUACGGUAGAAAUGAUACAUCGGAUGCUGAACCAGAAUUCAAAUGAUGAUCAGGAUAAUAAAUAGUAUUAUGGUGUGUCACACCCUGGCUCUGGGACUCUAUUUGUUGAGCCAGGGUGUGUUCAUUCUGUGUUUAUUUUCUAUGUUGGGGGUUCUAGUUUGUUGUUUUCUAUGUUUGCCUGAGUGACUCCCAAUCAGAGGCAACGAGUGUCAGCUGUUGGCUGGUUGUCUCUGAUUGGGAGCCAUAUUUAAACUGUCUGUUUUUCCCUUUGUGUUUGUGGGUUUUUGUUCCGUGUUGGUCAUUGUUACCAAGGACGUUACGAGUCGUUUGUUGUUUUGUUUCGUGCUUUAAUUUAAUAAAGUAAACAUGUUCGUUCAUCACGCUGCGCAUUGGUCUACUUCUCUCCCUGACGAUCGUGACAGAAAAACCCACCAUACAAGGACCAAGCAGCGUGUCCAGGAGCAGGCAGACUGGACAUGGGAGGAUCGGCGGCCAUGGAGUGAGACUGACGAGAGGCAACCCCCAAAAUUUUUUAGGGGGGGGCACAGGGCAUGGACGACGGGGCUGACGGAGGCAGAAAAGGGGCGUAUUCAAAAGGCCACCAGGUUACGGGGGCCACUGGUCAAAGUAGGGAAAGGAGGUUUAGAGGCACGGCGAGAGGUACUGGGGUGUGUUACCAGUCCGGUCCGGCCCGUUCCAGUUCCCGGGGUAGAGCCAGUGGUGUGUGUCCCCAGUACGGUCCGGCCUGUUACGGCCCCUCGCACCAAAUGGACGGUGCGCGUCACCAGCCCGGUCCGGCCUGUUCCUGCCUCUCGCACCAAGCCUACGGUGUGCGUCGCCAGCCCGGUCCGGCCUGUUCCUGCCCCUCGCACCAAGCCUACGGUGUGCGUCGCCAGCCCAGCUCGGCCUGUCCCUGCUCCACGCACCAAGCCUACGGUGUGCGUCGCCAGCCCAGCCCGGCCUGUCCCUGCUCCACGCACCAAGCCUACGGGGUGCGUCGCCAGCCCAGCCCGGCCUGUCCCUGCUCCACGCACCAAGCCUACGGGGUGCGUCGCCAGCCCAGCCCGGCCUGUCCCUGCUCCACGCACCAAGCCUACGGUGUGCGUCGCCAGCCCGGCCCGGCCUGUUCCUGCCACUCGCACCAAGUCUACGGUGCGCGUUGCCAGCCCGGCCCGGCCUGUUCCUACCACUCGCACCAAGUAUACGGUGCGCGUCGCCAGCCCGGCCCGGCCUGUUCCUGCCACUCGCACCAAGUAUACGGUGCGCGUCGCCAGCCCGGCCCGGCCUGUUCCUGCCACUCGCACCAAGCCAGGGGUGCGAGUCGUCAGCCUGGUCCAGCCUGUUCCUGCCACUCGCACCAAGCCAGGGGUGCGAGUCGUCAGCCUGGUCCAGCCCGUUCCUGCUACUCGCACCAAGCCAGGGGUGCGAGUCGUCAGCCUGGUAAGGCCCGUCGCUGCUCCACGCACCAAGCCAGGGGUGCGAGUCGUCAGUCCGGUGAGGCCCGUUCCGGCUCCACGCACCAAGCCAGGGGUGCGCAUCGUCAGCCCGGUCCGGCCCGUUGCUGCUCCAUGCACCAAGCCAGGGGUGCGAGUCGUCAGUCCGGUGAGGCCCGUUCCGGCUCCACGCACCAAGCCAGGGGUGCGUAUCGUCAGCCCGGUCCGGCCCGUUGCUGCUCCACGCACCAAGCCAGGGGUGCGCAUCGUCAGCCAGGUCCGGUCCUUUCCUGCCUCACGCACCAAGCCAGGGAGGCGCGUCGUCUGUCCGGCACAACCCGUGCCUGGGUCACCGGUGCCUAACCAGGUACCGGUCAACGGCUCCACUAAGGAGUUGAAGCUAACCGCUCCUGCUACGUCCAGUCCAGCUCCAGCCAGCGGGGCCAGACCGGACCAGGGGCGCUAUGGGGGGUUUGUUGGAGGGUGGUGGGCAAGCCCGGAGCCAGAACCGCCGCCGAGGAGGAAUGCCCACCCAGCCCUCCCCUGUUUUGCUCGUAUUGAGGCGCGGUCGCAGUCCGCGCCUUUAGGGGGGGGUACUGUCACACCCUGGCUCUGGGACUCUAUUUGUUGAGCCAGGGUGUGUUCAUUCUAUGUGUUUAUUUUCUAUGUUGGGGGUUCUAGUUUGUUGUUUUCUAUGUUUGCCUGAGUGACUCCCAAUCAGAGGCAACGAGUGUCAGCUGUUGGCUGGUUGUCUCUGAUUGGGAGCCAUAUUUAAACUGUCUGUUUUUCCCUUUGUGUUUGUGGGUUUUUGUUCCGUGUUGGUCAUUGUUACCAAGGACGUUACGAGUCGUUUGUUGUUUUGUUUCGUGCUUUAAUUUAAUAAAGUAAACAUGUUCGUUCAUCACGCUGCGCAUUGGUCUACUUCUCUCCCUGACGAUCGUGACAUGGUGUUCAUUUUUGUUCAAUGGAAUGCUAGGAGUUUGAUAGCCAAUGGACAAGAAUUGAAAAAGUUUAUACAGUACUAUGAAAAAGUAUUUGCCCCCUUUCUAAUUUUCUUUACUUUUGCAUAUUUGUGAUACUGAAUGUUAUCAGAUCUUCAACCAAAACCUAAUAUUAGAUCAAGGGAACAUAAGUGAACAAAUAACACAACAAUUACAUAUUUAUUUCAUUUAUUUCAUAAACAAAGUUAUGCAACACUCAAUUCCCCUGUGUGAAAAAGUAAUUGCCCCCUUACACUCAAUAACUGGUUGUGCCACCUUUAGCUGCAAUGACUUCAACCAAAUGCUUCCUGUAGUUGUUGAUCAGUCUCUCACGUCGCUGUGGAGGAAUUUUGGCCCACUCUUCCAUGCAGAACUGUUUUAACUCAGUGACGUGUGGGUUUUCAAGCAUGAAAUGCUCGUUUCAAGUCCUGCCACAACAUCUCAAUUGGGAUUAGGUCUGGACUUUGACUAGGCCAUUCCAAAACUUCAAAUGUGUUGCUUUUUAGGAAUUUUCAUGUAGACUUGAUUGUGUGUUUUGGAUCAUUGUCUUGCUGCAUGACCCAGCUGCGCUUCAGCUUCAGCUCACAGAUGGAUGGUCUGACAUUCUCCUGUAGAAUUCUCUGAUACAGAGCAGAAUUCAUGGUUCCUUCUAUUAAGGCAAGUCGUCCAGGUCCUGAGGCAGCAAAGCAUCCCCAAACCAUCACACCACCACCACCAUGCUUGACCUUUGGUAUGAUGUUCUUACUGUGGAAUGCAGUGUUUGGUUUUCGCCAGGCAUAAUGGGACCCAUCUCGUUCAAAAAGUUGACUCAAGUUUGCCAAAAAGCACCUGGAUGAUCAUCAAGACUCUUGGAAGAACGUUCUAUGGACAGAUGAUUCAAAAGUAUAACUUUUUGGACGACAUGGUUCCAGUAAUGCCUGGCAAAAACCAAACUCUGCAUUCCACAGUAAGAACAUCAUACCAAAAGUCAAGCAUGGUGGUGGUGGUGUGAUGGUUUGGGGAUGCACAAAAACAUCCUGUGGCAUACUGCAUUAGCAUCGAACAGCCCCCGCGAUAUGCAACUUUUCAGGGAAGUUAGGAACCAAUAUACACAAGCAGUUAGGAAAGCAAAGGCUAGCUUUUUCAAUCAGAAAUUUGCAUCCUGUAGCACUAACGCCAAAAAGUUUUGGGACACUGUAAAGUCCAUGGAGAAUAAGAGCACCUCCUCCCAGCUACCCACUGCACUGAGGCUAGGAAACACUGUCACCACCAAUAAAUCUACGAUAAUCGAGAAUUUCAAUAAGCAUUUUGCUAUGGCUUGGCCAUGCUUUCCACCUGGCUACCCCUACCCCGGCCACCAGCUCUGCACCCUCCACUGCAACUUGCUUCUCCUUCAACCAAAUUCAUAUAGCUGAUGUCCUGAAAGAGCUGCUAAAUCUGGACUUCUACAAAUCAGCUGGGCUAGACAAUCCGGACCCUUUCUUUCUAAAAUUAGUCGCCGAAAUUGUCGCAACUCCUAUUACUAGCCUAUUCAACCUCUCUUUCGUAACGUCUGAGAUCCCCAGAGAUUGGAAAGCUGCCGCGGUCAUCCCCCUCUUCAAAGGGAGAGACUCUCUAGAUCCAAACAGUUACAGACCUAUAUCCAUCCUGCCCUGCCUUUCGAACGUUUUUGAAAGCCAAGUUAACAAACAGAUCACCGACCCUUUCGAAUCCCACCGUACCUUCUCCGCUAUGCAAUCUGGUUUCCGAGCUGGUCAUGGGUGCACCUCAGCCACGCUCAAGGUACUAAACGAUAUAAUAAUCACGAUCGAUAAAAGACGGUGCUGUGCAGCCGUCUUCAUCGACCUGGCCAAGGCUUUUGACUCUGUCAAUCACCGCAUUCUUAUUGGCAGACUAAAUAGCCUUGGUUUCUCAAAUGACUGCCUCGCCUGGUUCACCAACUACUUCUCAGAUAGAGUUCAAUGUGUCAAAAAAAAAAUAGCUUCCAACACUCUACUCAGCAUAUUUGAUGUAGUCUAUCUGUCACGGAUUCUGCCGAGGCUGCUCCUCCUCCUUGUUCGGGCAGGCUUCGGCGUUCGUCGUCCCCGGAGUACUAGCUGCCACCGUUGAAUGUUUCUAUGUUUGAUUGCUUUUGUCUGUCUAUUGCACCUGUGUUCUAUAAGUUGCCUGUUUUGUAUUGGUUAGGUUGUGUGUUGUUUUUCGCGUGUCAGUUAGUGCUGCGUGUUUGCUCUGUUUGUUGUUUUGGAGUUUACGCACAGUUUGCGUAAUUGCUCGCCUCUGUGAGUUUUUGAGGCCGUUUAUUGUAUUUUGCCUAGUGGUUAACUAGUAAACUUUUUGGACUAAGCUUCGGUGUCCUGCGCCUGACUUCCACACCACACUUACAUCAGCCCAUUUGACAGAACAACACACCAUUAUGGAGUCAGCAGGAGCAGCGGCGGCACCCAAGUCGCUGGAGGAUCGGAUCAGCGACCAAGACACCAUGAUCCGGCAACUUGGGGCCGCCAUGAACGAGGUGUCCAACACUCUACGCCAGUUGGAUACGGGAGGGGUGCCCACGCCUUCGCACACCUUACCAUCACCAUCGGCCAGUCCUCCUCUCCCAGCACCGGAACCCAGUGGCAUUCGGCUCUCGCUCCCAAGGGCAUAUGAUGGUUCUGCAGCCGGGUGUCAGGGGUUCCUCCUGCAGGUGGAACUAUACCUGGCCACCAUACACCCGGUGCCCUCGGGAUACGAGAGCGUCUCCGCCCUCAUCUCCUGUCUAUCUGGCAAGGCGUUGGAGUGGGCCAACGCCGAAUGGAGGGGAAUAGACGCCGCUACCAUCACCUACGCGGAGUUCUCCCGCCGCUUCAGGGCUGUGUUCGAUCAUCCACCUGAGGGGAAGGCGGCGGGGGAGCGUCUGUUCCACCUCCGACAGGGGAAGAGGAGUGCACAGGAGUUCGCCCUGGAGUUCCGGACUCUAGCGGCGGAUGCGGGGUGGAAUGAGAGGGCCCUCAUCGACCAUUACCGGUGUAGCCUACGAGAGGACGUUCGUCGUGAGCUGGCCUGCAGGGACACCAACCUAUCCUUCGACCAGUUGGUGGACAUUUCCAUCCGUCUCGACACCCUGCUGGCUACCCGCGGACGUCCCGAGUGGGGGUCGUCCAUUCCACCCUCCAGCACCUCCGAGCCGAUUCCCAUGGAGCUCAGGGGUCCUGGCGCUAGGGAGAGGAGGAGAGAGAACCCGAGGGGGGCCGUCCCCUGCACCAACUGUGGCCGUGGAGGACACACUGCGGCUAGGUGCUGGGGAGGGUCUCCUGGGAGAGAGGACAACAGGUCACGCACCGGGGAGUCAUUUCAGGUGAGUAGGCGCCCCACUUACCCAGAGCUCUCUGUUGGUCACAUGAGUAUACCUGUGAGAUUUCCACAGGUGGCACCUCAUUCCCAGCAUAAGGCGCUAGUAGAUUCAAGCGCAGCUGGGAAUUUUGUUGAUCGUGAAUUUGGUUAUAGGCUAGGAAUUCCCCUUCGGCCGGUAGAAGCCCCUUUUCCUGUUCAUGCCCUAGACAGCCGGCCGCUGGGGUCGGGGUUGAUCAGGGAAGUCACAGCACCACUUAAGAUGACGACGCAGGGGGGUCAUGAGGAGAUCAUUCAGUUUUAUCUGAUCGACUCUCCUGCGUAUCCCGUGGUGCUGGGGCUUCCCUGGUUAAGCGCCCAUGAUCCUACCAUUGCGUGGCAACAGAGGGCUCUUAUGGAGUGGUCUGCCCAGUGUGUAGGGAAAUGUCUAGGUGUUUCCUUAGGGGCGACCUCGGUGGAGAGUCCGAACCAAGUGCCCGCAAUGCGCAUUCCCCCUGAAUAUGAGGAUUUAGCACUUGUGUUCAGCAAAACCAGGGCAACACGGCUACCACCUCAUAGACAGGGGGAUUGUGCGAUAGAUCUCCAAACAGGAGCGGCACUUCCGCGGAGCCGUGUGUAUCCCCUGUCUCAAUUAGAGACAGCGGCUAUGGAGACUUACAUAGCCGAGUCCUUGGUACAGGGAUACAUCCGGUCCUCCACUUCCCCGGUGUCCUCGAGUUUCUUCUUUGUGAAGAAGAAGGACGGGGGUUUGCGCCCAUGUAUUGAUUACCGUAGUCUCAAUCAGAUCACGGUUAAGUACAGUUACCCUCUUCCUCUGAUUGCGACUAUGACGGAGUCAUUACGCGGAGCGCGGUUCUUCACAAAGUUGGAUCUCAGGAGCGCGUACAAUCUGGUGCACAUUAGAGAGGGGGAUGAAUGGAAAACAGCAUUUAGCACCACCUCGGGUCAUUACGAGUAUCUCGUCAUGCCAUACGGGUUAAUGAAUGCUCCUUCAGUCUUCCAAUCAUUUGUUGACGAGAUUUUCCGGGACAUGCAUGGGCAGGGUGUGGUAGUAUACAUUGACGACAUCCUAGUGUACUCUUUUACCCGAGCCGAGCAUGUAGCCCUGGUGCGCCGAGUAUUGAGGAGGCUGUUGGAGCAUGACUUGUAUGUUAAGGCAGAGAAAUGCCUGUUUUUCCAGGAGUCCAUCUCCUUUUUGGGUUAUCGAUUGUCCGCGUCUGGUGUGAAGAUAGAGGUUGACCGUGUGUCGGCCGUGCGUAAUUGGCAAACUCCAACCACUGUAAAAGAGGUGCAGCAGUUUUUGGGUUUUGCUAAUUACUACCGGAGGUUUAUCCGGGGCUUUGGACAGGUGGCAGCUCCCAUUACGUCCCUGCUAAAGGGGGGUCCGGUGCGUUUGCAGUGGUCAGCUGAAGCGGACAGGGCAUUUGUUAGACUGAAGAACCUGUUCACUUCGGCUCCGGUGCUGGCGCAUCCGGACCCCGCUUUACCAUUUCAAGUUGAGGUAGACGCAUCCGAGGCCGGUAUUGGGGCAAUCCUGUUGCUACGGUCCGGCACGCCACCCAAGCUCCGCCCCUGUGCGUUCUACUCUAAGAAGCUCAGCUCGACGGAGCGUAAUUAUGACGUAGGGGACAGGGAGCUGUUGGCUGUAGUCCAGGCCCUAAAGGUGUGGAGGCAUUGGCUUGAGGGGGCUCAACACCCUUUCCUCAUUCUGACUGACCACCGUAACCUGGAGUACAUCCGGGCAGCUAGGAGAUUGAACCCUCGUCAGGCUAGGUGGAACAUGUUCCUGACCCAGUUUGUUUUUAAGAUCACAUACAUCCCAGGGUCCCAGAACGGUAAGGCAGACGCCCUGUCCCGGCGGUAUGACACAGAGGAGAGGUCUAUUGAGCCUACUCCCAUACUGCCGGAGUCUUGUCUGGUGGCUCCGGUGGUGUGGGAGGUCGAUGCGGAGAUCGAGCGGGCACUGCGUACCGACCCUACUCCCCCCGAGUGUCCUGUGGGGCGGACGUACGUUCCGCUCGAGGUUCGUGACCGCCUUAUUUAUUGGGCUCAUACAUCACCCUCCUCUGGACAUCCAGGUAUUGGCCAGACAGUGCACUGCCUUAGCGUGAAAUACUGGUGGCCAACGUUAGCUAGGGAUGUGAGGGUUUAUGUCUCCUCCUGCUCGGUGUGCGCCCAGUGUAAGGCGCCUAGACAUUUGCCCAGGGGAAAGUUACAUCCCCUGCCCGUUCCACAACGACCAUGGUCCCACCUCUCGGUGGAUUUUGUGACCGACCUUCCCCCCUCCCAGGGGAAUACCACCAUUUUGGUCGUUGUGGACCGGUUUUCCAAGGCCUGUCGUCUCCUCCCAAUGCCGGGUCUCCCUACUGCCCUACAGACCGCUGAGGCCCUAUUUACCCACGUGUUCCGGCACUAUGGGGUCCCCGAGGAUAUUGUGUCUGACCGAGGUCCCCAGUUCACCUCCAGAGUCUGGGGGGCGUUCAUGGAACGCUUGGGGGUCUCGGUGAGCCUUACCUCAGGGUACCACCCAGAGAGCAAUGGGCAGGUUGAACGAGUCAACCAGGAUGUGGGUAGGUUUCUGAGGUCCUAUUGCCAGGGCCGGCCGGAGGAGUGGUCUAGGUAUAUCCCCUGGGCAGAGAUGGCCCAGAACUCUCUCCGCCACUCCUCCACCAAUUUAACACCUUUCCAGUGUGUUUUACGGUAUCAGCCGGUCCUGGCACCAUGGCACGAGAGCCAGAUCGAGGCCCCUGCGGUGGAUGAGUGGAUUCGGCGCUCGGAGGAGACGUGGGAAGCUGCACAUGUCCAUCUGCAGCGGGCCAUCUGUCGACAGAAGGUGAGCGCCGAUCGCCACCGCAGUGAGGGACCGGUAUACGCACCGGGAGAUCGAGUCUGGCUCUCGACUCGAAACCUGCCCCUCCGCCUGCCCUGCCGGAAGCUGGGUCGGCGGUUUGUGGGGCCCUUUAAAGUCCUGAGAAGAUUGAACGAGGUGUGUUACAGGUUACAACUGCCUAUUGAUUACAAGAAUAUUAACCCCUCGUUCCAUGUGUCUCUUCUCAGGCCGGUGGUAGCUGGCCCACUCCAAGAAGAUGAGAUAGGAGAGACCCCUCCGCCCCCAUUGGACAUCGAGGGGGCCCCGGCGUACAGGUUCCGGACCAUCUUGGACUCGAGGCGCCGGAUGAGUGGUCUCCAGUAUCUCGUGGAGUGGGAGGGGUACGGUCCGGAGGAACGGUGCUGGGUGCCUAGGAGGGACAUCCUAGAUCCAUCCCUCCCGACUGAGUUCCACCGUGGGCAUCCCACGCGCCCGGGUCCGCGUCCUCCUGGCCGUCCCCGAGGCCGGGGUCGGCGCACGGCUGGAGCCGCGCGUCAAGGGGUGGGUACUGUCACGGAUUCUGCCGAGGCUGCUCCUCCUCCUUGUUCGGGCAGGCUUCGGCGUUCGUCGUCCCUGGAGUACUAGCUGCCACCGUUGAAUGUUUCUAUGUUUGAUUGCUUUUGUCUGUCUAUUGCACCUGUGUCCGUUUGUGUCUGAUUAUGUGUUCUAUAAGUUGCCUGUUUUGUAUUGGUUAGGUUGUGUGUUGUUUUUCGCGUGUCAGUUAGUGCUGUGUGUUUGCUCUGUUUGUUGUUUUGGAGUUUACGCACAGUUUGUGUAAUCGCUCGCCUCUGUGAGUUUUUGAGGCCGUUUAUUGUAUUUUGCCUAGUGGUUAACUAGUAAACUUUGUUGGACUAAGCUUUGGUGUCCUGCGCCUGACUUCCACACCACACUUACAUCAGCCCAUUUGACACUAUCACAGUGCCAUCCGUUUUGUCACCAAAUCCCCAUAUACUACCCACCAUUGUGACCUGUACGCUCUCGUUGGCUGGUCCUCACUACAUAUUCGUCACCAAACCCACUGGCUCCAGGUCAUCUAUAAAUCACUUCUAGGCAAAUCCCCGCCUUAUCUUAGCUCAUUGGUCACCAUAGCAACACCCACCCGUAGAAUGCGUUCCAGCAGGUAUAUCUCACUGGUCAUCCCCAAAGUCAACACCUCCUUUGGCCGCCAUUCCUUCCAGUUCUCUGCUGCAAAUGACUGGAACAAACUGCAAAAAUCUCUGAAGCUGGAGACACUUAUCUCUCUCACUAUCUUUAAGCAUCAGUUGUCAAAGCAGCUUACCGAUCACUGCACCUGUACACAGCCCAUCUGUAAUUAGCCCACCCAACUACCUCAUCCCCAUAUUGUUAUUUACAUUGUUAUUUAUUUUUCUCAUUUGCACUCCAGUAUCUCUAUUUGCACAUCAUCUACUGCACAUCUAUCACUCCAGUGUUAAUACUAAAUUGUAAUGAUUUUGCACUAUGGCCUAUUUAUUGCCUUACCUCCAUAACUUACUACAUUUGCACACACUGUAUAUAGAUUUUCUAUUGUGUUAUUGACUGUACGUUUUGUUUAUUCCAUAUGUAACUCUGUGUUGUUGUUGUUUUUAUCGCACUGAUUUGCUUUAUCUUGGCCAGGUCGCAGUUGUAAAUGAGAACUUGUUCUCAACUGGCCUACCUGGUUAAAUAAACUGGCCUACCUGGUUUUUUUUUGGUUUUUUUAAAGGGUGUGUUAAGUGGUGGUGUCCCAUCCCUUGGCUGUUGGCCUGAAGUAGGAAUAAAUAGAUUUAAAUAGUGGAGUAUGGUAUUUAUUAUUUUAUAUAUAUAUAUAUAUAUAUAUAUAUAUAUAUAUAUAUAUAUAUAUAUAUUGUGUGAGUGUAGUAUUAGAUGGUAGGGUAUUUGUUGUAUUUUGUAUUUUUUUAAGCAAAUUAUAAGCGAGUUAUACUCCAGUCUAGUAGGUGGCGGUAAUGCAACAUUUAUUGGUUGCCAACCGCUGUUAAACCUCAUCGAAGAAAAAGAGGAAGAUGUAGCGGAUCGAGUACAGGGAGAGAUAAAGACAGGUUGUUAGACAACACGAUGGCUUUGCGGCACGGUCUGGACUCGCAGAUAGUAAUAGUUGGCUGUGGAAUAUCUGGUAUUGGAGCAGCUUUGAAGUUAACCAAACAUGGUUUCCGCAAUGUGAGGAUCCUGGAAGCGACGGGACGUAGUGGAGGAAGGAUAAAGACAGGCAGAAUGGGUGAGUGGAGAGGGAACAUUUGAGUUCACAUGAGGAGAGAAGGGGUGCGUUCGAUCGGAUCACUUAAUUUUGUCAAGUCUAUGGUCACCGCUUUUCAAAGUGUUGCAUUAUGGGGAUAAAAUCGUCCGACUUGCACCUAUAUGUCGACUGCAUGAGUUUUACUAAAAUCAUGUGAUCAAAGGUCAUUCAGUUUUGACUGCAGUUGCACUUCACCAACUCCAUCCUGCAGCCAUCAUGGUGAUGGGCCGAAAAACGUGAAACUUGUAUUUAUUUAUUCGACAGUAAAACAUUAUUUUGAUGCCUAUAACAUUUGUUGGCACCUUCAAUUCGUGCACAUUUUCUCAUAAAAAGUAUACUUCAACAUUGUCUGCUCAGGCAAAACUGCUAAAGUUGAACUCUGGACACCUCGUGAUGAAGACAGCCAAUGGCCUACUUCUAACUACGUACGAGUCGUAAACACAGCCUCUUGUGAAAACGUAAGCUGCUGUCUGAUAAAUAGGAACAGCUAUAGCAAUAGAUAAAUAUCUGUACGAAUUGUUUUGAUCAUAUGAAGAAGUACCAUCGUUGACCAUUUAGCCAAUUUAUAUUUAUACUGUAAUAUUACAGUUUGACUAGCCUAGCCAGCUACUAUAAACGUCAAUUUGUGUUUCAUUAGCCAUAUCUCUGUCAGUGAAUUACAUUUUUUAAAUUUUUUUAUGUUUUGGCAUGAUAGUCUCAUUUCAAGUAACUAGCUGCAAGCUUAACGAAACAUUCAAUAAUAUACUUUGCAUAGAAACCCAAAUAAAAGCAUGUAGAUAGAAAGGUGUGUGAUCAUGUACGCUAGAAUGGAGCUUUAAAAACGACAGCUGCAUAUGCAUAUUUGCCAAAACAUAUUUAAGCAAAAAGGCCCAAGGGGGUGUGGUAUAUGGCCAAUAUACCACUGCUAAGGGCUGUUCUUAUGCACAGAGUGCCUGUAUACAGCCCUUAGCUGUGGUAAAUUGGCCAUAUACCACAAACCCCUGAGGAACCUUAUUGCUAUAAUAAACUGGUUACCAACGUAAUUCGAGCAGUAAAAAUUUAUGUUUUGUCAUAUGGUCUGAUAUACCAUGGCUGUCAGCAUUCAGGGAUAUGGCACACAGGGCCUUCAGAAAGUAUUCACACUCCUUGACUUCUUCAAAAUUCUGUUGUUACAGCCUGAAUUUGAAAUUGAUUACAUUUAGAUUUUGUCACUGGCUUACACACAAAAGCCCAUAAUGUCAAAGUGGAAUUGUUUUUAGACAUUUUUACAAAUUUAAUAAAAAGUUGAAAUGUCUUGAGUCGAUUAGCUUUCAACCCCUUUUGUUAUGGCAAGCCUAAAUGUCAGGAGUAAACAUUUGCUUAACAAGUCACAAGUUGCAUGGACUCACUCUGUGCGGCAAUAAUAGUUUUAACAUGAUUUUUUAAUGACUACCUCAUCUCUGUACCUCACACAUACAAUUAUCUGUAAGGUCCCUCAGUCGAGCACUGAAUUUCAAAUGAAGAUUUAACCACAAAGACCAGGGAGGUUUUCCAAUGCCUCGCAAAGAAGGGCACCUAUUGGUAGAUUGGUAAAAAAUUAAAAGCAGACAUUGAAUAUCCCUUUGAGCAUGGUGAAGUUAUUAAUUACACUUUGGAUGGUGUAUCAAUACACCCAGGUGUCCUUCCUAACUCAGUUGCCGGAGAGGAAGGAAAUGGUUCAGGGAUUUCACCACAAGGCCAAUGGUGACUUUAAAACAGUAACAGAGUUGAAAGGCUGUGAUAGGAGAAAACUGAGGAUGCAUCAACAACAUUUUAUUACUCCACAAUACUAACCUAAUUGACAGUGAAAAGAAGGAAGCCUGUACAGAAGAAAAAAAAAUUCUAAAAUAUGCACCUGUUUGAUAUAAGGCACUAAAGUAAAACUGCAAAAAAUGUGGCAAAGAAAUUAACUUUAUGUCCUGACUACAAAGCCUUAUGUUUGGGACAAAUCCAACACAUCACUGAGGACCACUCUUCAUAUUUUCAAGCAUGGUGGUGGCUGCAUCAUGUUAUGGGUAUGCUUGUCAUCGCCAAAGACCAGGGUGUUUUUUAGGAUAAAAAGUAACGGAAUAGAGCUAAGUACAGGCAAAAUCCUAGAGGGAAACUAAAGAAACAGUUGUACAGUCUGUGCAAUAAGAUAACCAGAGUUUGAUUUCUAAACCAGAUGAGUUUUCAAAUAGCAGCUUACCAAUUCCAUGGUGGGCAUGCAUAAUGUUGGAUGCAUUGGAAUAUAAGGUAUGGAGAAUGAUGAAUAGCCUGUAGGAUUAUAGAAAAAGCAGUUCAGUGAUUAAAUGUUCAGUGAAUAUGAGUAUAUUUAGGUGGUUUAAAUGAUUAACAUUCCUACUAACCUCCUAAGUUGACUGUGCCAAUAUAUUUCCAUCCCAUUAAUUAUUCUACAAACUAUGACUGAGUGUGAGGCAUGUUUUUCAUAAUGUACACUACCGGUCAAAAGUUUUAGAACACCUACUCAUUCAAGGGUUUUACUUUAUUUUUUUAACGAUUUUCUACUGUAUAGAAUAAUAGUGAAGACAUCAACACUAUGAAAUAACACAUAUGGAAUCAUGUAGUAACCAAAAAGUGUUAAAUUAAUCUAAAAAUAUUUUAUAUUUGAGAUUCUUCAAAUAGCCACCCUUUGCCUUGAUGACAGCUUUGCACACUCUUGGCAUUCUCUCAACCAGCUUCACCUGGAAUGCUUUUCCAACAGUCUUGAAGGAGUUCCCACAUAUGCUGAGCACUUGUUGGCUGCUUUUCCUUCACUGCUUUUCCUUUGCUGUCCAAAUCAUCCCAAACCAUCUCAAUUUGGUUGAGGUCGGGUGAUUGUGGAGGCCAGGUCAUCUGAUGUAGCACUCCAUCACUCUCCUUCUUGGUAAAAUAGCCCUUAGACAGCCUGGAGGUGUGUUGGGUCAUUGUCCUGUUGAAAAACAAAUGAUAGUCCCACUAAGCCCAAACCAGAUGGGAUGGCGUAUCGCUGCAGAAUGCUGUGGUAGCCAUGCUAGUUAAGUGUGCCUUGAAUUCUAAAUAAAUCACAGACAGUGUCACUAGCAAAGCACCCCCACACCAUAACACCUCUUCCUCCAUGCUUUACGGUGGGAAAUACACAUGCGGAGAUAAUCCGUUCACCCACACCGUGUCUCACAAAUACACGGCGGUUGGAACCAAAAAUCUCCAAUUUGGACUCUAGACCAAAGGACACAUUUUCACUGGUCUAAUGUCCAUUCCUCGUGUUUCUUGGCCCAAGCAAGUCUCUUCUUAUUAUUGGUGUCCUUUAGUAGUGGUUUCUUUGCAGCAAUUCGACCAUGAAGACCUGAUUCACACAGUCUCCUCUGAACAGAUGAUGUUGAGAUGUGUCUGUUACUUGAACUCUGUGAAGCAUUUAUUUGGGCUGCAAUUUCUGAGGCUGGUAACUGUAAUGAACUUAUCCUCUGCAGCAGAGGUAACUCUGGGUCUUCCAUUCCUGUGGCGGUCCUUAAUAUAUAUUGAUUGGUUUAACACUUAUUUUGGUUACUACAUGAUUCCAUAUGUGUUAUUUCAUAGUUUUAAUGUCUUCACUAUUAUUCUACAAUGUAUAAAAUAGUAAAAAUAAAGAAAAACCCUUGAAUGAGAAGGUGUUCUAAGUUACCGUGAGUGUGAUCACACAGUCGUCCGGGAUAGCUGGUGCUCUCAUGCAUGCUUCAGUGUUGCUUGCCUCGAAGCACGCAUAGAAGUAAUUUAGCUCGUCUGGUAGGCUCACGGCUGAGUUUCCCUUUGUAGUCCGUAAUAAUUUGCAAGCCCUGCCACAUCCGACGAGCGUCAGAGCCGGUGUAGUAUGAUUCAAUCUUAGUCCUGUAUUUACGCUUUGCCUGUUUGAUGGUUCGUCUGAGGGCAUAGCGGGAUUUCUUAUAAGCGACCGGGUUAGGGUAAAACGGAUUUCAGUUUCCCUGCAUUAAAGUCCCCGACCACUAGGAGCGCCGCCUCUGGAUGAGCAUUUUUUUGUUUGCUUAUGGCUUUAUACAGCUCGUUGAGAGCGGUCUUAGUGCCAGCAUCGGUUUGUGGUGGUAAAUAGACUACUACGAAAAAUAUAGGUGAAAACUCUCUUGGUAAAUUGUGGUCUACAGCUUAUCAUGAGAUACUCUACCUCAGGUGAGCAAAACCUAGAGACUUCCUUAAUAUUUGAUUUUGCGCACCAGCUGUUAUUGACAAAAAGACACAGACCACCACCCCUUGUCUUAAUGGAGACAGCUGUUCUGUCUUGCCGAUGCACACCAUACAACCAACUGUAUAUUAUCCAUGUCGUCGUUCAGCCACGACUUGGUGAAACAUAAGAUAUUACAGUUUUUAAUGUCCCAAACGCCAUGCUCUACCAACUGAGCUACAUCCCUGCCGGCCAUUCCCUCCCCUACCCUGGACGACGCUGGGCCAAUUGUGCGCCGCCCCAUGGGUCUCCCUGUCGCGGCCGGCUACGACAGAGCCUGGAUUCGAACCAGGAUCUCUAGUGGCACAGCUAGCACUGCGAUGCAGUGCCUUAGACCACUGCGCCACUCGGGAGUGGUAGGAUAGUCUUGAACGGAUGGUAGAGGCGGGUUACCCACUUGCCGACAAAUUCUCACAAGGCACCCGGACCUGCAUCCCCUGUAUCUGCGUCUUCUCUUCACGCGAAUGACGGGGAUUUGGGCCUGGUCGGGUAUCUGGAGUAAAUCCUUCACGUCCGACUCGUUAAAGAAAAAAUCCAGUUCGAGGUGAGUAAUCACUGUGCUGAUAUCCAGAAGCUAUUUUCGGUCAUAAGAGACGGUGGCAGAAACAUUAUGUACAAAAUAAGUUACAAAUAACGCAAAAACCCCCACAAAAUAGCACAAUUGGUUAGGAGCCCGUAAAACGGCGGACAUCUCCUCCGGCGCCAUUGUUGGAACAAUAGUAGGAUGGUUCUCCUCACAGGUGAGUGAAUCAGCCCAUGCUUGGUGAAUAGCACUUGGUUGAUCUCUGGGAGCAGGACACAGAAGAGCUGAAUAGACCAUGUGAGAGAUAAGAAUCAAUCAAAUAAAUCAUCACAGCAAAGAACAUGUAGUUUGUAAGCUAGAAAAUGAACAUCCUGACAGUCUGAAGGCUCUAUUUUAACAAACCUAACGCAAUGGUAAAUCUAAGCGCAAGCGGUAGUGCGAUAGGUUUAGGGGUGUGUCAAAAAUAUUUGUGCUAUAUUCACUAUCACAGUUAUCAGCACACUUGCUGCUGUUGUGGAUGUGUCGAGGCUUGACCACUCACUGGCCAAUCAGAACGUACUCCAUGGCGAAAUAUGUGGUUGCUUCAAGUUGUUUAUUUAGUCUUUCAUGUAUUGCCUUGGAAUCAACUCCAAUUCCAAUGUUAGUCCGUUAUAGUUUGUUAAAUGACUUACAGAAACAAAAUAACAAAAUGUAAACCUAUCUUUGCUAAAUAUGUCAACUUGAACACAUUUGCAAUCACAUUGUUCUAAGUAAUUGCAUGGCUUCAAUAGCAUUCACACUGAUAUAGAGGCUAGGCCUACUGUAAAUUGCAUUAUGGCUGAGCAUGGACAUGCCAAACGUUGUCAAUAAGCAAGAUUAAAUUCAUUAUUGAUAAGGCCUAAAAAGAGAACGAAUAAUAAAAUUCAAAUUCUAAAUAGGCUAUGUCACAUUUACAGGCACCGUAAUUUCUCCCCGUGGGCAUAUAAUAUUAAAACAAUGCAGACUAUGGAUGGUUUUACACACAUCCAAACUUUUCACAGUAGCUGGACAAAGAUCCAAUAUAUACUGAAGAAAAAUAUAAACGUAGCAUGCAACAAUUUCAAAGAUUUUACAGUUACAGUUUAUAUAAGGAAAUCAAUCAAUUGAAAUAAAUAAAUUAGGCCCUAAUCUAUGGAUUCCACAUGACUGUGCAAGGGCAUGGGGCCACCCACUGGGGAGCCAGGCCCAGCCAUCAGAAUGAGUUUUUCCCCACAAAAGGGCUUUAUUACAGACAGAAAUACUCAUUACUACUUAUUGCUGUGUAAUUGUGUAACCUACUCAUAUGCUGUAUGUUGCUAAACUUGUUUGAAUUUUUUUCUCUCCCUCUCUCUCUCUCUCUCUCUCUCCCUUCCCACUCUCUCCUCUAGGUAAUAACAUCAUAGAGAUUGGUGCUAACUGGAUCCAUGGUCCGUCGGAGGCUAACCCAGUGUUCUGUCUGUCCAGACAGUACAGCCUGCUGGACCCAGAGAGCCUGACUCAGGAGAACCAGGACCUGGAUAUAGGAGGUCACCCACCAUGGGUACCAAACUGGUUCUCCAGCUCUGGUAAAAACAGUUAGGCCAGACAGAGAUUGAUUUAAAUGGAUGAAAAUGUCAUAUUACGUCACCCCGUCCGCUUCUGUCCGUCAAAAGUGAAAAUGAGUUGAACUGACAAUGAGUUGAACUGACUUGAGUUUGUUCGACAGACAAAGUUGGCCGAGUUGCGUACAAGCAACAGACCAAAGUGUGGAUCCGUUCUCUUUUGUCGGUCAAUGUAUGAACCCCAUAGAAAAAACGUUGUCUCAUACAAAGUCUUACUUAGUUAGUCAGUAGUUCGUUAACAUUGUGUUGUGUUUCUACCAGGUCGUAAGCUGACUCCAGAGCUGAUGGGUCCUGCUGUAGAGCUGUUUGCUGAGCUGUUGGAGGAGGGAGGAGAGUUCAGUGAACAGGGAGGAGAACCAUAUAGCAGUGUGGGGGAGUUCAUACGGGCAGAGGUACGUCACACAUGCGCACACACACAUACACACCCCGUAUACCUAUAUCUCUCUGUCUGCCUGUUAAACGUGUGUGUGUGUGUGUAGGUGCGUCAGCGUGCAGCAGAGCGGUGGCAGGGUGACAGUCCGUCCUGUCAGUCUGUCCGUCUGUCUCUGAUCAGUACUCUGCUGAAGGUGGAGUGUUGUGUGAACGGAACACACACUCUGGACACGCUGGGCCUGGGAGCCUUUGGACUGUACAAGACCCUGCCUGGAUUGGACUGCACCUUCCCCCGGUCAGUUUGUGUGUGCUCACAGGGAUGGGGGAAGUAGGGGUGCGGCUGGGUUAAAUGGAAUAGUAACUGAAAUCUGGACACUGACUGUAGGCCUAUAACCUCUCACAUGUAGCCUAAUAUAAUAUAAUUCCUGCAGAAUUAAUUAUUUCUUGCAGUAAAAUUAUACACCAAAUGUUAAUUUUGUCUUGGGAACAGGAGUGGAGAAAUAUGAUGUAUUUCUUUCAGCAUCUUGAGAGAAUGCAAAUGGACGGUUAGGUACUGUCUUUUUCAGUAGGCUAUUUUAACCACAUUAAAUAUGCAUCCAAGACGAACUGAAAUAUUAUCCGAAUCUUGUUGGAUCGUUUUCACAGCUUUUCAUUUCCUUAAAACCGGUCAAAUUUAACAGAAUCUUUCAGCGUUAUUGCAGUUUUCCCCCGGUCUCUAUAAACGUCAUAAAUUAAAGAGAAAACAGCUAGGUUAUUGAUACAUUUAUUCUAUUGAUUUAUGACUUUAUUCUGGUGAGCAAGGCUUUAUUAAGUAUUCAAGGGCAACAAGUAAUGACAGAAGAGAAGCUGCAUGUAUCUAAUUCUAAACAAGUUGACUAACAAAUCCUACCAAAUGUCGUAAAUUCGAAGCAUAAAAAUAUCUAAAUUAGGCUGUCAAAAAAUCCUUCCACUGUCUCUGUGUGUGUGUGCGUGCGUGCAUGCGCGUGUGUAUAGACAUCGAUUGCACUCUUCUCAGUUUAACGCUGAGGGCCAUCGCUGUGUGAGUGACUUGACUAGACUGUUGUUCUGUCUCUCUCAGAGGUUAUGAAGGGUUAAUCUACAACUUGAUGAAAGAGCUUCCUGCUGGGAUAGUCUCCUACCGUCGACCAGUCAGCUGUGUCCACUGGCAGAGGGUGGUGAGGAAAGGAGGGAGAGAGUACCCUGUAGUGGUGGAGUGUGAAGAUGGAGAGAGAAUCCCAGCGGACCACGUCAUCCUCACUGUCCCUCUCGGUAGGUCACACACACAAUGUCAAAUGACUACUGUCAUUUGUGUUCUUUUAUUACAUUUUAUGACAUCUCUUCUAAGAGUUUAGUCUCUAAACAUGAACCUUUUAUAACCAGUGACAAACAUUGUGACCUUACCUUCUCAAAGAACUGUAAGUCUGAGUUUUCUGUGCUACCAGGCUACUUAAAGAGGCACCAUGACAUGUCACUCUCCCCUCUUCUCCUCUCAUAUACUAUUUUUAUAACAACCUCAUAACUACACUGAACAAAAAUAUAAAUGCAACAAUUUCAAAGAUUUUACUGAGUUACAGUUCAUAUAAGGAAAUCCGUCCAUUGAAAUAAAUUCAUUAGGCUCUAAUCUAUGGAUUUCACAUGACUGGGAAUACAGAUAUGCAUCUGUUGGUCACAGAUACCUUAAAACAAGUAGGGGCGUGGAUCAGAAAACCAGUCAGUAUCUGGUGUGACCACCAUUUGCCUCAUGCAGUGCAUCACAUCUCCUUCGCAUAGAGUUGAUCAGGCUGUUGAUUGUGGGAUGUUGUCCCACUCCUCUUCAAUUACUGUGCGAAGUUGCUAGAUAUUGGCUGGAACACGCCCACACGUCCAUAGCUUAUGCCUGCCCAUACCAUAACCUCACCGCCACCAUGGGGCACUCUGUUCACAACGUUGACAUCAGCAAACCGGUACAGUUGAAAUCGGGAUUCAUCCGUGAAGAGCACACCUCUCCAGCGUGCCAGUGUCCAUCGAAGGUGAGCAUUUGCCCACUGAAGUCGGUUACGACGCCGAACUGCAGUCAGGUCAAGACCCUGGUGAGGACGACGAGCACGCAGAUGAGCUUCCCUGAGACGGUUUCUGACAGUUUCUCUAAAACGACGUUGGAGGCGGCUUAUGGUAGAAAAAUUAACUUAAUUCUCAGGCAACAGCUCUGGUGGACAUUCAUGCAGUCAGCAUGCCAAUUGCAUGCACCCUCAAUUUGAGACAUAUGUUGCAUUAUGUUGUGUGACAACUGCACAUUUUAGAGUGGCUUUUUAUUGUCCCCAGCACAAGGUGCACCUGUGUAAUGAUCAUUCUGUUUAAUCAGCUUCUUGAUAUGCCACACCUGUCAGGUGGAUGGAUUAUCUUGGCAAAGGAGAAAUGCUCACUAACAGGGAUGUAAACAAAUUUGUGCACAAAAUUUGAGAGAAAUUAGCUUUAUGUGGGUAUGGAACAUUUCUGGGAUCUUUUAUUUCAUCUCAUGAAACAUGGGACCAACACUUUUGUUCACUGUACAUAAAAAUGAUAUCUACUAUUAUUCUAUCAGGUUAUCUGAAGAAGCAUCAUGGUACCCUCCUCUCCCCUCCUCUACCCCUCCACAAGCUGCACUCUGUCCAGAGGAUGGGCUUUGGAACCAACAACAAGAUCUUUGUGGAGUUUGACCAACCCUGGUGGGACGACGACUGUGAGGUCAUAUACCUGGUCUGGGAAAACGAGGUAUGAAACACAUAGCAUACAGUGAAAAGAGUAGUGGGCCCAAAACGGAUCCUUGAGGAACACAAUAUAUAUCUAUCAUUACAAACACAGACAGUAACAGUAGUUGUACUGUUGCCCUCUAGUCAGACUUGGUGGACCAGGUAUCAGAUGUGGAGAGACUCUGGAUCAAGAAACUGUUUGGUUUCACUGUCCUCAAACCCACUGAGCGGUAACUAAGACAUACACACAAACAAAAAAUCUAAAAAUGUUCUAACUCAAUGUCUUGAACUCCCCACGCCUCUUGCCUCUCACACUCUUUCCCCCUCUUUACCCCUGUCUCUCCAGGUAUGGCCAUGUGUUGUGUGGCUGGAUCGCUGGUCAUGAGUCUGAGUUCAUGGAGACUCUGCCAGAACAGGAUGUCACACACUCCAUAACACACCUGAUACGCAGGUUCACAGGUAAACCCUCUAACAUCUAACCCCUCCAUCACACGCCUCAUAUGCAGGUUAACCCAUUGUACUUUCAUGUCUGUAAUCUACGGUUCAGUCAGUAGUGUGUUAAUCUUUUGUUCCCUUUUUGGCAAGCUAGCUACUACCUGCCUCCCCACGGUUGAGUUGCUUGGGUAGCGCUCUUGUUCUAGCGUUAAGUGGCUUAGUUAUUCUAAACGGACCGUGCUUCGGUCAAAGAGGCUAUCUAGCCUAGCUUGGACUAAAAAGCCUCCUAGCUAACGUCAGCUAGCAUGCUUAACUUCCUGCGAAUGAAGCUUUACUGGGAUACAUUUCUGAUUCCUGCCUGUAUCUCACUAGUCCCUAUGAGGUGUCUAGUGAUACAGGUUAUGGGCCCUGUAGGCGAUUGGUUGUUGGUAGCGGAGUCGAAGGGAACAAGCAGGGUUGGACACGACCUUGCUAUUAUAUGUAAAUGCAUUUGGAAAGUAUUCAGACCCUUUUCACUUUUUCCACAUUUUGUUAUUUUGUCUCAAGCUCUGUCAGGUUGAAUGGGGAACGUUGCUGCACAGCUAUUUUCAGGUAUCUCCAGAGAAGUUCGAUCGGGUAGCGGUCUGGGCUCUGGCUGGGCCACUCAAGGACAUUCAGAGACUUGUCCCGAAGCCACUCCUGCAUUGUCUUGGCUGUGUGCUUAAGGUCGUUGUCCUGUUGGAAGGUGAACCUUCGCCCCAGUCUGCACUCUGGAGCAGGUUUUCAUCAAGGAUCUCUCUGUACUUUGCUCCGUUCAUCUUUCCCUCGUUCCUGACUAGUCUCCUAGUCCCUGCCGCUGAAAAACAUCCCCACAACAGGAUGCUGCCACCAACAUGCUUCACCUUAGGGAUGGCGCCAGGUUUCCUCCAGACGUGACGCUUGGCCUUCAGGCCAAAGAGUUCAAUCUUGGUUUCAUCAGACCAGAGAAUCUUGUUUCUCAUGGUCUGAGAGUCCUUUAGGUGCCUUUUGGCAAACUCCAAGUGGGCUGUCAUGUGCCUUUUACUGAGGAGUGGCUUCCGUCUGGCCACUCUACCAUAAAGGGCUAAUUGGUGGAGUGCUGCAAAGAUGUUUGUCCUUCUGGAAGGUUCUCCCAUCUCCACAGAGGUACUCUGGCGCUCUGUCAGCAUGACCAUCGGGUUCUUGGUCACCUCCGUGACCAAGGCCCUUCUCCCCCGAUUGCUCAGUUUGGCCGGGCGGAGUCUUGGUGGUUCCAAACUUAUUCCAUUUAAGAAUGCUGGAGGCCAUUGUGUUCUUGGGGACCUUCAAUGCUGCAGACAUUUUUUGGUACCCUUCCCCAGAUCUGUGCCUCGACACAAUCCUGUCUCGAAGCUCUAGGGACAUUUCCUUCGACCUCAUGGCUUGGUUUUUGCUCUGACAUGCACUGUCAACUGUGGGACCUUAUAUAGACAGGUGUGUGCCUUUCCAAAUCAUGUCCAAUCAAUUUGUAGAAACAUCUCAAGGAUGAUCCAUGGAAACAGGAUGCACCUGAGCUCAAUUUCGAGUCUCAUAGCAAAGGGGUUUCUAAACCUAUUGCCCCUUUUGAACGACUGUAGUCUGUGGAUAUGAAUAUCCUCCUACGAAACCUCCUUGCUUGUGGCUUUGACCUCGGCUAAACGUGUUGGAGAUCUCCACGUGUUAUCCGUACACCCUUCCUGUACUCAGGUUUGCCCCUGGCGACUCUAAGGUGACGUUGCAUCCUAAUGCGGCCUUCGCCCCAAAGGUCAUGACUAUGUCCUACAGGUCUCUAGCUUUGAGCUAUUUCCUUUUACGCCUCCUCCAUUUGCUUCUGAGAAGCAACGGAUCCGGGCUAUCCGCUUAUGUGACCAGCUUUUUGUCUGUUUCCUAAUCUAGCUCGCGGCAGGGCGAUCUCUGAGCAGCGUCUCUCCCACUGGAUUGUGGAGGCUAUCUCCCUGGCAUAUAGCAGCAAGGGUUACCUAGUGGUGUACGCAUCCACUCCACCCAGGGGUCUGGCAGCGUCUUCGGCGUUACUUAAAGGGUUGACUGUUGGGGAUAUUUGUGCUGCGGCAAGUUGGGCAUCACCACACUUUUGUGAGGUUUGUCGCUUGGAUGUCACUGCUUCAAGUGUAGCCCAUAGCGUGCUGACAGGAGAGGGUUAAUAGGCAGCUUGCGAUACCCAGACUACCGCAUCUUGCAGGGUGGAGGUCUGGGUGGUCUGCCAUGGGCCAUUUCAUUUGGUAUCCAUUGGGGCCGGCUUGGGGCGGGAUUUACAUUUCCCCAUAGUUGUGUUGUACCUAGAGUACCAACUGAAAGGGGAUGUAACGUUAUGACUGUAACUAUUGUUCCUUUGAGGAAAAUGAGGUACAACACCAGUUCCCCUGCGCCACCCGGUUCUGGGCGCAGUGAGGAGUGGUACUGAAUUGAAGAAAAUGUAUCCGAGCCUCAGCGUUAUCACCUGUGGAAGGCAGGGCUUUCAGCGAGGGGUGAAUUUCAUUGGCCUUGUCAGGCGUGACUUUAGUUCUUCAAUAGAAGUCGUGACUGUGUGACUCCCCAUAGUUGGAUUGUACCUCGUUUCCCUCCUUCAGGGAACAGUAGUUAUAGUCAUAACGUCACAUUUGUGCGUGUGUUUGUGUGCGUGUGUGUAGGGAACCCAACCAUCACCCCACGGCGUGUCCUGAGGUCUCAGUGGUUCCAUGACCCAUGGACCUGUGGCUCCUACACGUACACCGCUACUGGAACCUCACUGCAGGAUAUACACAACCUGGCUGAACCACUACCACAACAAGGGGAACAGGUACACACAGUUCAUGUGGUUCAGUCUGUCAUCUUAUUACCCACUUUCUCGCUCAUAUAUAUUCUCUCCCUCAUCUUCUCUCUCUCUCAUAUUCUCUCUCUCUCUCAGCCUCUCCAGGUGUUGUUUGCUGGAGAAGCCACCCAUCCUUCCUUCUUCUCCACCGUCCAUGGAGCGCUGCUUACUGGCUGGAGGGAAGCUGAUAGACUCAUAUCUCACUACUCCACCCCCAGCACCUUCCAGCCAACCAGAUCAAAGCUAUAAGGAGAACAACUCACUCUUGUUGUGAAAGUGUUAUAUACUGAACAAAAAUAUAAAUGCAACAUGCAACAAUUUCUAAGAUUUUACUGAGUUACAGUUCGUAGAAGGAAAUCGGUCAAUUGAAAUGAAUAAAUUAGGCCCUAAUCUAUUGAUUUCACAUGACUGGGCAGGGGUGCAGCCACCCACUUGGGGGCCAAGCCCACCCACUGGGGAGCCAGGCCCAGCCAAUCUGAAUGAGUUUUCCCCCCCACAAAAGG